AUGGAACCAUACACUUCUUUUGUUUAUAAUAGAAAAAAAGAUUAUGGUUCAGCUAAAGAAUUUGCUAAAGAAGUUUCAAAAUGGAUGUAUGCUCAGAAGAAGGCUAAUGAAUAUCAAAACACUGCUCAUCAGAUAGCUCAUCAAAAUGCUUAUAAUGCUAUGAUGAGAAAUAUUAAUGCUAGUCAACAGGGUACAAGAAAUAUUUUUGGAUUAGGACAAAAUACAGUUAGCUUUAAUAUUCAAAGACAAAGGGAUUCAAAUUGGUUUAGAAGACAUUUAUGGAGGCUUGAUAGUGAUAUUAGAGUAACAGAAAAUGUACAUGUUGCUAGUUAUAGUAAAAGACUUUUGGCUGAAAUAUUAGAUUUUUUUAUAUUUUUUUUUAUUAAACUUAGUUUAUUAUUUAUAAUUGUUGAAAUUGGAUAUUUGGAUAUAAAAGAAUAUGAAAAAUUAAUAACAGAUGAAAUAGAUAUUCAAAAUAUAGUGGAUUUAACACAAGGAUUGUUACCUGCAGAUUUAAUGCUUAAAGCUACAUCUUCAAUUGUUGAAGCAAUAUUAAUUGCUUUUGGAUUUAGUAUUCUUCCAAAGGGAUGUACACCUGGUAAAUUUGUAAUGGGUAUUAAAAUUAUAGAUUGUGUUUCUAUACAACAAAAUCAGGAAAUAGCAGGUACAUAUACAGUAACAAGAACUGAGGGUGUUUCAUUUGCAAAAGCUUUAGCAAGAUCAAUUAUAAAGAAUUUCACAAUAAACUUUUUUUAUCCAAUUAGUUGUGCGGCUUAUGUUUUUCCCUAUAAUCGAGCUGUAUAUGAUGUAGCAACAAAAACUUUAGUUGUACAAAUGUAA